UCCGAUGUCAGUAAAUUUAGCAUAAGUUCAACCAUUUUCGAUUCAAAUAUUGAAAUGUCGUCGACAAAGAAAGCUCCAGAACUGAUCGGAAGUCGUAAAUGUAGUGGAAAUGUAACAACUACUAAUGAACCGACACGCAUUUUCCCCUCUUGUCCUGAAGAAGAAAUUGUUAUUAGUGGCAUAGCUGGACGUUAUCCUAGUUGUGAUAAUGUUGAAGAGUUCCGCUAUAAUUUGUACAAUAAGAUCGAUAUGACGACAGCAAAAGAAUCACGUUGGAGCAAUAGUAUGAGUCAAGAAUUGCCGAAGCGUAAAGGUGUAUUGAAUGAUAUAAGUAAAUUUGACGCCGCUUUCUUCGGUAUUCAUAGCAAGCAAGCGAAUAAUAUGGAUCCACAAGGUCGUGCACUCAUUGAAACCGCAUACGAGGCCAUUCUUGAUGCUGGUAUUCAUCCACAAUCGCUGCGUGAAACGAGAACGGGCGUUUUUGUUGCCAAUUGCUUUUCAGAAGCGGAAAAAAAUAUGGUCAUUGAUACGGUCGGUAUUGACGGGAGCAUGGCUUUGGCUGGAUGUAGCCGGGCCAUUGUUGCCAAUCGGAUUUCUUACUGUUUGAACUUGACCGGGCCAUCGUUUACCGUCGAUACCGCAUGCAGCAGUUCAAUGUAUGCACUUGAUCAAGCUUUCAAUGCGUUCAGAAACGGUCAAUUAGAUAAUGCGUUAGUUUGUGGCACCAACCUAAUGUUGCAUCCCCUCACUACGAUCAAUUUCCAUCGUAUGGGGAUUCUUACAAAAGAGGGCCAUUGCCGACCAUUCGAUGAAGAUGCAUCGGGCUAUGUACGUUCGGAAGCAAUUUGUUCAAUAUUUUUGCAAAAAGCUCGCAACGCAAAACGUAUUUAUGCAAAACUGAUUUAUUCGGACACAAAUUGCGAUGGCUAUAAGGAUGAAGGUAUUCAUUAUCCAUCGGGAGAAAGACAAUACACAUUAAUAAAUGAUUUUUAUAAACAUUUACAACUCGACCCGCGUAUGGUAUCAUAUGUCGAAGCACAUGGAACUGGAACCAAAGUUGGUGAUCCACAAGAGUGUGGAACUAUUGAUAAAGUCUUUUGUAAAAACCGUAAAGAACCAUUGCUUAUUGGAUCGGUCAAAUCAAAUAUGGGUCAUAGUGAAGGUAGUUCGGGCAUUUGUUCCAUAACAAAGGUUAUCUUGGCUUUUGAAUCUGGAAUUGUUGCUCCAAAUUUGCAUUUCGUUAAUCCAAGAAAAGAUAUUCCGGCCCUUGUGGAAGGUCGCUUGAAAGUAUGCUCGGAACUAACACCACUUGCCGGCAACUUGGCAGCAAUCUCUUCGUUUGGUUUUGGUGGUGCAAAUGCUCAUGUACUUCUGGGACGAUUUGAAAAAGAAAAGGUCAAUUGUGGCAUACCAAGUGAUUCAUGUCCACGAUUAGUAUUAUGGGCUGGUCGUACAAAGGAAGGAGUAGAAAAAAUAUUCAACACUCUUGAAACAAAACCACUCGAUGCUGAAUUUAUUUCGCUUUUACAUAACAUUCAAAAGUACGAACAGUCGGGUUUUUUGUAUCGAGGAUAUACCAUUUUGGAAAAGAAUGAUGUCAACAAUAAUAAUACAGCUAUAUGUAAGAAUCGUGUGAUCGACCAUUUUGAUGCAAUAAAACGGCCAGUUGUAUGGAUGUUUACGGGCAUGGGAUCACAAUGGACUGGAAUGGCCACAUCAAUGAUGAAAAUCGAUGUGUAUCGUGAAACUAUUUACAAAUGCCACGAAAUAUUGAAACCAUACGGUUUGGAUUUAAUAUCAAUCGUCACUUCCACUGAUAACACUACAUUUGAUAACAUCAAGAAUUCAUUUGUUGGAAUUGCUGCAAUUCAAAUUGCAAUUGUAAACAUCCUGAAAACACUUCAGAUACCAUUCGAUUACUGUAUUGGACACUCUGUAGGCGAACUCGGUUGUGGUUUUGCCGAUGGCUCCAUAACUGCUGAGCAAAUGCUUCGUGCAGCUUACAGUCGUGGUGUCGUCAGUCUCGAAACAAAAGUUAUUUGCGGAUCGAUGGCUGCUGUUGGACUGAGCUACGAAGAAGUAAAAGACAUGCUACCGGAAGGCAUUGAAGUUGCUUGUCAUAACAGCUGUAAUUCGGCAACAUUAUCUGGACCAAAGGAAGAUGUUACAAAGUUUGUUGGAGAACUAGUUAAAAAGGGUAUAUUCGCCAGAGAAGUACCAUGUUCAAAUAUUCCAUACCAUUCAAGUUAUAUUUCCCAAAUGGGACCAAAGUUGUUGGCCCAACUUAAAGAAGUUAUUCCAGUACCGAAACGACGUUCAGAUAAAUGGAUUAGCUCGAGUGUCCCCAAAAGUGAGUGGGAUCAAGAGAAAAAUCAAUUAGGUUCAGCCGAAUACUAUACAAAUAAUUUAUUGAAGCCAGUACUAUUCGAAGAGGCAGCCAAGAAUUUGCCGGAAAACGCCAUUACCAUCGAAAUUGCACCGCAUGGUCUACUUCAGGCCAUUA